AUGGAUCACCCACUUCCGAGUUAUUGGAACCAGAUUGUGUUUGGCUUUCGAGACAGUGUUGUUAUUAUCGGUGACAUGCAAGGAACAGGAUUUUUGAUAGGCUCCAAAGACAGAAGACGUCUUAUCUUGACAUGCUGCCAUGUCGUAGCGGGUAGUGCUUAUAAAGCUAAAUUGCGAGAUGAAUAUUUGGUCCAAGUUUGCAUUACUGGAUAUGGUUUGUGUUCUGGCCAGAUACUACUUGCUGACGAUGAGAGAGAUGUGGCAUUAAUUGUGGUUACUACAGAUUGUGAUGGUCUUCCAAUGAUUGAACUACCUAAUUUGGAAUUAUCUGAUCGGGUUGUCAAGAAGGAUAUGGAAUUAGUCAUGUUGGGUUAUAUUUUCAUGCCUAAGGGUGUAAUUAAAGAACCAGGAACUUCUUACGGCAAAUCAAAGGCCAGCAUGUAUCACAAUUCUUUAGUGGGGUGUGAUAUAUUGCCGGUGUCAUAUGUAUCAACCCCUGGGACUUCGGGAGCACCUGUUUUCCUUGUUCAGAAAGGAAGUAGUCCAGAGGUAAUAGGAAUGCAUGCUGGAAGAGUGCAGGGCACUCAAUAUUGUAUUCCAAUGCCAGUGAUAGAAGAAAGUUUGCGCCAGUUGAGUACAAAGAAGGGCCUCUCAAUUCCUGAAAUGAUUGAGAAGAUCCUUUCAGCAGUGUGUCGAAGGAAGUAG